UGAGGGAUCUUGUGAUCUUGCUGAAUUACUGGACGACAGACGGGUAUGCAAUGGGAAUCACAUUCCUGGGCUUUGAACUGUACUGCUGUGUUGCGGUUGCCGUGGAGACAGUGUUUGAAAGUGUCUGUGCUAAAUAAUAAUACAAGUAAUAUGAUAUAUCUGAGGUGGAAACUCAUUCUACAUCUUAGCAUCUGUCCCCCAACACUGAGGUCAGGGAGUGACACUGGCGCCAUGGCUCCGGAGAGAUGCGUGUUCGGGAUCAUGCUCAACAUUUCAUCCUUUUUAGGUGUUGCCACUGUGUACGUCCGAUACAAGCAGGUGAUGGCUCUGAAUCCUGACAAGCCACGCCUCCUCCAGCUCAACACCGUCGGCCUGGUGCUGGGCCUGAUCAGCUCCUUCGGACUCUGCAUCGUCGCCAACUUCCAGAAAAACACCAUGAUUUCCAUGCACUUGGUGGGGGCCAUCCUGACGUUCGGGAUCGGAACGCUUUACAUCCUGUUCCAGACCAUCAUCUCCCACAAGAUGCAGCCCCACAUCCACGGCAUGGGCGUCUUCUGGGUGCGGCUCUGCCUGGGGCUCUGGUGUUCAGCCAGCAUAGUGACCAUGUUCGUCUCCUCUGUGAUCAUGUACAGCAGCCUCCCUGGAGUUGACGUGGCCAAGAAGCUGCACUGGAACCCAGAAGAAACGGGCUAUUCUGCUCACAUCGUCAGCACGAUCUCAGAGUGGUCGCUGGCAUUCUCCUUCCUCAGCUUCUUCCUCACAUACAUCCAGGACUUCCAGAAAAUCACGCUGCGAGCCGAGGCCACCCUGCAGAGCCGGCACCUCUUCAACGGGCCGCAGUUCAACGGGAACGUGCGCGGGUACAACGCAGAAACCACGCCGCUGCUCGCCGGCUCCAUCUGAGCAGGGGCGCUCUCUCUCUCUCUCAUGGGUACACCAAGCACAGGGGCUCCGGAUCCACAGGAGGAGGCGCAUCCAGGGCUGAAGCUCGAUGCUUUUGUAACCAUGCUCAAGGAUAAGGGGAGGGGGGUCUUCACUUUUACUUUUGAAACGCCUCAGUUUGGUUUUUUUGAAUCCUUGCCGCAGACAAAACAAAAAAACACGUGUUCGUUCUGCUUCCAGUACUGUACCUGUAUGCAACGCAAUGAAUGCACCAGAUCCGUCCACCGCUUUCUUCAAGGUCCUGAAGGAGGACGGGUCUUUUUUUUUUUUUGUUUUGUCUGAGAUAGAGUCAGCUGUUUGUACAGUAUUGGUUUUACUUUUUGAACUGUGCAGUAUCAUACGAGGUACGAUCUGGAAAUCCUCAGGUAAAACAACAUGUGUUGUGAGCUGUUAUCCCCUACAAAAGGUAAUGAAAGACCAGGUCCUACUGUGUGUUUAAUUUGUGUCUCAAAACAGCCAGCCUGACACACCUCAGGAAGCCCUUUCCAUCGCUGCACCUUAAUAAACUCAGUAACUACUACAUCCUGUCCGUGAUCUGUAAACUGAACUUGUGGGAGUUAGAGGCUUGCAGGUUGAUCGUAUUUUAGUGUGGGGGUCGCUGGGAGGCAAAGGCUUCUGACUAACCAAUGUGCACGCUGAGCCCGAGACCUGACUUUUUUUUAUUUAUUUGCGAAUUCAUAUUUUAAUACUGAUAGGAGUCCGGGCGGUCAACCUCGCGUUAAAAAGUUUAUGAGAACAGAAAGAAAGUGUGAACCACAACUAAAGUGAAAGCUGAAAUGCAUCGCUCGCUGCAGGCCCUGCAGAGCAGUGGCAGUGAAUAACGGUUGCACUGCACAGAGUUUGAUCAGCUGCCCAGCUGGGGUAUAUUACAGAACAAUUUCCUAACUUGCUGUCCUAUCUUAUCUUUUGUGGCUCGGAUAGGAAUUUUUCCUAACCUGAAGCAUUUCCUAAGUCAGCAGUGCCUACAAUUUCCUAAGUGUCUGCCCCUAUCCUGACAUUAGUUAGGAAAUCCAAUCUAGUGACAAUCUUAUCCACAAACGACUGAUCGAGUCUGAAUAGAGCAGGUUUCAGCUUGAGCUUCAGGGAACUGUCACCAGAAUAGACAUGUUUUUAAAUUAUGGCGUCUAUAUGUGGCAAAGAAACACAAGGCUCUAAAAUUUACUCGGGAAGAGAAUAAGGAUUUGAUCGUAGAAAAAAUCUACAAUAAAAUCUCGUUAACAACAAUACAUAAAUACCGCUAUUUAAAAAGAGAAAAUGAAGCCAUACUUCUUCAAUUUUAGGCACGAACACCAUUUUAUUUUAAUUAGGAAUGCCAACUCACAACAAUAUCUCACAGGCUAAAGUAAAGCUAAAAAUAACAACAGUACUGUGAUAUGUUCGUGCCUCCCGUGUGAUAGAAAGUGUGUACAGUAAUAUCAUUUUGUACAUUAGAGUCCAAACUUGUGUUUCAAGUUACAUUACAUAUAUGAGGUGCUGGGUAGAGUUCAAUGGAGCGUCUCGCUGUGUGAUACAGUAACACGACACAGAAUACUUCAUAUCUUAUUACUCAGUAAAGUUUCAAAUAUCAAUUAUUAUAGUCACCGACAGUACCUCAUGAGUGCGUCAGACUCCACAACACAAACCACCACCUCGGGGGGCGGGGCUAGAUCUAGACGUUACACGUAGCCCAAAUAUACGAAUGGAUCACUAUAGAAUAUGCUGUAUUCCUAAAUGUUAGGAAAUCUUAGGAAAUGACCAAGUUAGGAACGAUCUGGAAUCUGCUAUUUCCUAUCUUAAAUGGAGACAGGAAAAUAAGUUAGGAGAGCAUUUUCUGUAAUAUCAACUCUCCUAAACUUCAGUUGGGACAUUCUAUCUCUGAAGAUAAGAAUGACACUUCGGAUGCUUUUGUAAGAUACCCCCUGGUUUUUAACUUGAACCCCUCCCCUCUCCCUCUCUCCUGCUUCACCCCGCACAGCACGUACUGACCUGCUCCAAGUAAAUGGAAGCGAUUUCUAAGCAGUAAUCUUCUCCUGCAGUAACAUGGCUUUAGGCUGUAAUCUUAGAUAUCUUCCUUUUAUUAAAAACACUCAAACUCUUUUUUUUCCGUCUCUUGGCUACGGAGACAGUGGGAGGAUCUGGCUCGGAGCUAAAGAGUUUCUUUAUGUUUUUCUAAAUGACAGCCUGUGUGGACCGGGUGCUGUAAUAGGAGUGCACUCCAAAGAGUGUUUGGGGAUCGGAGUUAACCCCUUUGCUCCUGGAAUCAUUCCACUAACGUCAGAGACCCGCCCAGGCUGUCUCAGGAAUGAAUCACCUGCAAGGCAACGCUGCACAGCACUGACCUGAUUGACCAACAGUGUUAGUGUGGGUGCUGGAUAGUUGUCGUUUUUUUUUUUUUUUGCAUUGAAAGAAAAGAUACAAUAUUCUGUUUUUUUUUUCUAUGCAGUCCUGUUAUGUGCUCAGGAAUGUAUUAAAAGGGUUGGAUGGUACAUAUUGGACUAGAAUAUAAAUACUGUAUGGUUAAGAGGGCAGCAUAGAGACCGUGGAAAAUAACAAUUCGGAAUGCAGUAUAUACAUAUACUGGGGUAUGCAGGAAAUUAAGAAUGACACUCGUUUUAACAUCGCUGCAACCACGCUAAUAAAAUUCACGAUUACAUAUUCCCCACCCGUUCAGGGGGGGUAGAAAGGAGCCUUCAGAUAAACACCUACACCCACCAUGCCCAUCAUUUCAGUUGCACAGACACUGCAGAGACAAGCACCUUACAGCCACUCUGCAUUCUGGAACUGCUGCACAAGAAGGGCAAAAUCGCAUGCUUCUGAAAUGAUCUUGAAAAGCGAAAUACUGACCAAUAUAGCUCUGGACUCUUGACCGGAGGGUCAUGGGUUCAAUCCCUGGUCGGGGACACUGCUGUUGUACCCUUGAGCAAGGUACUUUACCUAGAUUGCUCCAGUAAAAAACCCAACUGUCUAAAUGGGUAAUUGUAGGUAAAAAUAAUGUGUUAUCUUGUAACAAUUGUAAGGCGCCCUGGAUAAGGGCAUCUGCUAAAAAAAAAAAAAAAAAGUAAUAAUAAUAUAAAAUAUAGAAAUGUGUUGAACAUAGAAGAAGGGUACUGUGUUUGAGUGUAUUUUAAUUCACUUUGCAAUCUGACUGAACUAAUAAAGAAGUUUGCUACAAAGGUUUUCCAGUCCUUUCAAAAAUUUUACAAAUUGUAGUUUAAAUAGCCUAACUGCAUUACUGAAAUAAUAAUGCUUAACAAUUGUACUGUAUUUAUUUUGUACAUCAGUAUGUUUUUUCUGACUAAAAACAAAAAGAUCAUUACUACCUGUGCCUUUCAAAGUAAUUUUUAUUAAAUUUUGACUAAAACAAACAUGCGAUUGUUUUUCAUUGUAUACAUUUUCCAAAAAGUGGAAUUACAAGAGUGAGUCUGUCUGUGUAUAUAUUCAGCUUCGUAGUGAAAUAAUGCAACGCUUACUUCAAUGAGAUCAUAAAUAAUGACACGUUCCCCCUCUCUGAGAAUGGUUCAUAAUAAAGCCUGACUCCAGCUGCUGUACAAUGAUCCGUGCCCAGUCCAAUCAAGAGGUCCUUUCUUGCCAAUAAACUAAGAUGUUUGUUUAAAUGAUCUGCUGUGCGGUACAGAGAUGGAAUUCAAGGUCCAGAGACAAUUGAACAAAAACAACAAAACCAAAAGGUGCUAAAAGGCGGUGUAUUUGUUACAUGAUCUUUCACACCAAAUCUUGCUCAUACGUGGGCCUGUGGUGUCAAGAAGCAGGAGCUAGGGGCUGUGGUCUGUAAAAGCGUGAAGGUUUUGUGUUGCUGCCUCCCACGUGGAACAGGAAACCAUGCAAAGCUACAAGGAGCGAGUCUCAGAUUGAACUUUUACUGAAGGCUUGAUCUGCUGCAGGACUCUAUACUUUUCUCUAUAAUCUAUGCUCAACAGUAUAGUAGCCUCGUCAGGUGG